GGCCUGGCCGGAAGUUCCUGUCGCCGAAGUUCUCAAACAGAGCGCUGCAGCCCAACUAGGAAGCGCGUGGACACUUUCAGUUGAGCUUUAGACUUCGUGUUGGACGAGAGGUGACUGGUGACUAGUGCCUGGCCGCAGAUUUUAUGCCGACUGUGCGGCUGCAUGCGCUCCGAUCUUGCUUUGAAGAAGAAAUAGAUUACAGUGGUCUUCUCCCAUCGACGAACAGUUUGUAUUCAUUUAUGAUGGAGAACGAGACGUUGUCGUCUCAGGAUGUGGGUGGCGCCAUUGCAUAUUCCAACAGUGGAACGCAUUACACGUACACGAAUCUAGAUUCAUGCACACCGAGCUACCCGGUUGCUUCCACUUAUUACAACAUGACAAGUCCAAACUAUAUGACUGGACUGCAACAGCCUUUCUACGUAACUGCUGGGUCAGAAGACGUAGAUACGACCACAGUUUACAACCAGUCAACGUAUUUCAGGCAAACCGAUCUUUGCUCUUGGACAAUGAACAACGAUGAUGGCUUUGCUUCAUCAUCUCCAUCAUCGUUACACUCGGCAUCUCCGCCAAUAAUAGGGUACGAUCAGCAGCUCCAUGCUGGUGCUGAUGUUCCAGAGCUUAAAUACGAGCGGUACAGCCCGGGAGAUUCAGGUUAUACAGAUACUGAAGAAAAUCCUUUCUUGAAUGUAAGUUCUGAAGAACUCAGAAAGCAGUGCGUAAAAUGUGGCACUUCAACCAGCAUUUUCUGGCGCUGUCACAUGAAGGGUCAUUAUCUGUGCCAGCAGUGCAGUGCAGACUCUCAAAUGCAAGAAAUGGAAUCAUCUGCAAAGAAGAAAAAGAAGGGCCUGCCAGGAAAUAAAGGUAAUCAAAAAUGCUAUAAUUGCUCAACACUUGUGACAACCCUUUGGAGGCGAAAUUUAAAUGGAGAAUUUGUAUGUAAUGCCUGUGGUUUGUACGAGAAACUUCAUAAGAAAUCUCGUCCGCUUAGUAUGAAGAAAGAUGCAAUACAACGAAGGAAAAGAAAACCUCGAGAAGCUGAAGCAAAGAAAAAAGGAGAAAAGUUAUCUCCAAAAUCGUUUUCAUCAGAAGACACGUCUGCAUACACAUCUCAUGGUUCAGGGAGUGCCUACGAAGUACAUCAUGGGGCUAGAGCUACUGUUCUGCUGCCACCAUUACUGAAUGGUAUUUCAGCAGGAAAUUCCAAUGAGUUGUUGCAUGGAGUUCGAGCUACAGUUGUGUUGCCACCAAUGAAGAAUAAUGCCACACCUGCUUUUUACAGCUUCCCAUCAGAUGUGCCAUCUUUUCCUGUAAUAACCCAAGCUGUAAUAACUGCUCAAACACAUACAACUCCAGAUGAUGGAACUUGAUUAUUUUUAUUGGAAUUGAUUAACUUGUUACUUGUUUUGCAAUCUAUAAACAAACGUUCAUACUUCUGUGUUAAUACCUGUCACUACAUCACCAGUUAUCUGCUGGCACCUUUUAACAAUGGAUUUGGUCUGGACACCUUUUGACAACCUAUUUUAUUAUUAUUGUCAGCAGAUUGAUGAAACAGUUCCCCCCCCCUCCACAAUUACUUCUGCCUGCAUAUGAAUCUGGCUAAAAAAGAAGGCAAGUGACUUCGUGAACAGUUCAUAUUGCUUUUGCUUCACUUCUCAGCAAAUAUAAUAAAAUGCUUUAUGAAAAUACAAUAAAUAUAAAAAUUAGCAGACGAUAAAUAAAUAUUGUCCCAAGAACUUUCCACGGGAAAAGGUUUAGGAAAAUGGUGGAAUGCAGAUAUCUAAUUGCUGUAAUUGGAUUAAAGUUGAUUAAAAUAAAAGCAAUACCCGCACUUCUAUAACCAAAAUAAAUUAAUAAAUCGCAUCUUUCUAAGCUGCUAGUGUUGUCAAGCAAUCACAGGAAUCACAGUGAGUGGGUUGGGUCUUUAUUAAUGUAAUGAUGCUAAUUUAUAAGUGUUGGCACCUCCGUUGAUAACAAGUACCAUAAACUUUUAUAAAAAAUUAAGUUUACAAAGAGUGCACAACGUAUGUGAAGCACUUUAUCUCGAAAUAAUGGUGUAGAGGAUUUUAAAAUUUUUAUAUUGGUGUGACCAUGGAUGUUGCAAAUAAGAUUGAUAUUCCAUUAAACUACUUUGAACUGCUGAACCGAUGUCAGCCAGGAAAGAUAUGCCAGAGAAGUUCCUUUGGAAUACAACAUGCUAUACAACAAUCAUUUUUUACAUCUGUCAUCUGUAUGCUUCCAAUUAUAUAUGUGCCUUGACAAUUUUAUGGUGUUUAUUAAAUGUAAUCGUAGAGAACUAAAAUAUAUGUUUUGCACAAUCGCAUCCCAUCUUAUACCAGCAUAUAUACCUUUCCAUAUUGUUCAGAUGUGUUUGUCACUCUCUCCAUCGUCAGAUAGUGUGAAAAGAAUUAUUGUUCUGUGUGUAUACAAGAUUGAUAUUUUUGUAAAAUUAUCCAUUAAUUUUGAUAUAUUUUUAAAAUCGUGUACAUCAUGCUCGAGUUUAUAGUCCACUUAUUUUUUAUAUAUUUUAGUUUAUUGAAAUGUAUUUUAUGAAUUAUAUUAUAAUUUAUAACAGCAACGGAGAAAUAAUCCAGAGAAAUAGUUGUAUUAAAAGAAAGUGUGCUAUAAGUAAAUAAUUUGCUUACUUCCAGAUGCUCUUAAAAUUUACCUUGUGUAGUGAUGCUUUUGUUUCUCCACAUUGUUUCAUCGUUCUUUUUUUUAAUUCUAUGUGCAGUUUUAAGAAGCUAUUUUCUUGUAAAAUUCAUCUUAAAUAAAAUUUGAUUGCCAUAGAUUUUUAUCUUUGUUUAUGGAAGAUAGAGGUCUGUAUUAAAAUCUGUGCCAAUCUACUUCUUACUUUUUGUAUAGUUUCAGUGUCAUGUUGUCUUGUUUCUGUUUACAGAGAAGCUGCUAAACUUAUUGCCUUGUUUAUGUUUGACUAUUUUUUCAGAAAUUUGUAUUCUGUGUUUCAGAUAUAUUUAUGUGUAGUUAAAUUUGGAAAUAUUUUGAAUGAGGUGAUUGAUCUUAAAUCUUAAUUUUUGGAUUAAAUUUAAUUCAACAUUAGUAUGAUCUUGCUUUUUCUAUUUUAAAAUAUGUAUUCUAAAAUAAAAGUAAAGCACAAUUUGUCUCUUUAAAAUGGCGGUGUUAUUUUAUUUCUAGUCUUCAGACCAAAGAUUUUCCUUCUAGUCUGAAAGCCAAAACAUUUUUUCAUAAAGUUAGAUUUUGUUUAUUAUUAAGGUAAGUCAAAUCCACAUAUAAUAAAAUUGGCAAAAAAAUGAUUAAAUUGAGAAUAUUUAUAAAAUUGUGUUGCAUUUUCUCCUUAUCAUCAACAUAAGAUUCAUCGCUUGCUUCAUUACCAUGCAAGCUCAAUGAAUUUGAUGCUGAUGUAUGUAGUUCUGAUAAAUUUGGAUAUUUUUCAAAAAAUCUUACAAAACCAACAGGCUGAUGUGUCAUUGGGCAUUUUUUUUUGGGGGGGAGGGAGGAUAAGAAUAAGUUCUAGUUCAAAAUUAAACUGGUACAGCAUUUAUUGUUUUGCACCUGCAAGCCUUUUACGAUUCUGUUAAGUCUUAACAGUCCAACUCUGAACUCUCAGUUACACAUCUGUAUUUAAAGGAUUUAAAUUUGCAUGUUUUUAGCAACAUAAAUGAUAAAUCGCCAUCAGCUGCGAAUUAUAAUGUACUUCAUGUCCAGAAAGGCGGGGAAAUAUUUCCACCACUGUAGCAAGGUCCUUAGGUGCAAACUGCACAUUAAUAUGCUAAAAUGUCAAUUGUGUGUGAUAUUUUAAAAAAAAGUGUGAAGAUUUAUAGGACUUUUUUUAUAGUUGGAAAUUUGAAAGGUUUGUAAAUUUCAUUGUAUGGUUUGACAGGUUAUUCUUCUUAAUUUUCUGUUCUAACAGUUAAUCUGCAUCUUGUGGAGAUGUUGCUUUUUAACCUUCUGAAUGGCAUGACCACUUUUAUCUGGUCAUGACAUAUAUUAGUUUAUAGUUUGAAUAUUUUUUUUUUUUUCUUUCUUUAACCCUUUGACUAUUAAUGGGACAUAUAUGUCAGAUUAAUAGUUUAAAAAUUACUACUGGGUUAAAAAGUACUUAGAAUCUCCUGAAUGAUGGUGAUCAUAUUAACUACGGCUGGGACAUACUAUGUGUCCCAGCCUUUGGCUUGAGGAAGUUUAUGAAAAAAGACACAAAUUUAACUCUUAAAUGCUGUUUCAGUAUAUGUCUUUAUUAGCAAAUCCAAAAACCCAUGCCACUCAGAGGGUCAAAAGCAGUUAUGAUAAUAUUUUGUUGCCAUUUCCUUUCAUAAAUCUUGAACAAAAGUCGUAUUGCUAUUAAAUUUGCUUGCUUUCAGAAAAAGUUAUUCAAAGAUUUUUUGGUACUUUUCCGUUUUGCCGGCGCAGGCGAUAAAGCCGCCAAUAAUGGUGUAACUGAUGCCAAACGGAAUAACCUCGCUGGUAACCUUUUAUACCUCAUUUUAAAAACAA